UUGAUCCCGAGGCUGCUCAUAUCGCCGAAAUUUCUCGAGAAUGGUCCGGGCCGAGAGAGAUAUCUAACUCUACUACGCUACCAAAGUGAGGAAGCCCAACGACGGGGAAGGGGCCGGAUACAUUCUGCAACUCUACAACCCUGAUAUUUCCUGUUCUUCCAUAGAAACCUUGAGAGAGUCUAAUCGCCGGCUCGGAUACGACAUUGAACAUCCUAAGAAGUUGCAAGAAUAGCCUGACCGAAUCAUGGCGACGCGCAAUUCGCACCGCUUGUCCUUGCAAGUGCUCAGGUCUUUGACCAUCAGCAAACAAUUUAUACGAACAUUCCAUAAGAAUACACCCGGCCCUUCUCCGCCGUCGCCAACGCCCUUCGUUCCUGACGUCCAAACCUUUCUUACGUUAAUCGGCCGCGGUAUGUCCAAACAUGCGAGCAAGCUGCCUUCAUGGGAUGAGCUCUUCACUAUGAGCUCCACAGAGCUUCGGGAACUGGGCAUUGAGCCCGCACGUCAGCGGCGAUAUCUGCUUCGCAAGAGGGAGAAGUUCAGGAAUGGGAUCUAUGGGCCCGGUGGAGACCUGGAAAACGUGGUCGAUGGCGUUGCGCAGCUCCGAAUUGUUGAAGUUCCGCUCGCGCUCAAGGAUACAACCUCAAAGAAGGAAUCAUCGCGUUCUGUGAAUUCUUCGGCUACAUUGUCACCCGGGAUGAGACGAGUCGUCGUCAACAUCCCACCAGAUGCUGCCAACUACACCCAUGACCCAACAAAAACACCGAAGAAGUUUGCUCACAUGAGGAUCAUCGACGGCUCAAUUAUUAGUGGACCAUAUCUCCAACCCAUCAAAGGAUCAAAUGGUUGUGCGGCCUUGAUUAAGGUUGAGGAGGGUAUGUGGGAAGACAAGCUCGGCCACAAAGUGGACGGCGGUGAAAGGAGACGUGCUGAAGUCCGGGCCAAGAAGCGAAGCGAAGAGAGGAAGAAGGGGAUCUAGAUCUAUACAAUGCAGGGCACAUACAUACUUGUUUACUUCUACUGUAUCUCAAAGGGGCGCCAAUGUUGAACUAUCUCACAUGUACUAUAUCUUUCAAUUAUUGACUGUUCUUGUUUGGGCUUUCAUUCUUCCGAUGUCGUCAAAAAAAUGACGUGCUCCAGCCGGCAGAAAAGUUAACGAAUUGUAAACAAUGGUAAUCCCCAAGUUCUAUUCCUUUUGCACACCAAAAACGUUUUGCUACUCAGGCAGACUUCCUAAUUA